AUGCAAAGGAAAGAAGUGAAGGUUAAUUCUCUCAAGCAAGAAGUAUCUUAUUUGAAAUCUGAGCUGGUAAAAAAGGAUGAUGAAUUAUUGCUUGUGAAGGGUCGUAAUUUUGAGAUUAUCCAGAGAUUGGUAAAGAUAGUUGAGGAGAAAGAUGCUCCACAUAUUGACUAUCACAAAUGCUUGAUCAGAAACUUCAACCCUUGUAUAUUGUAUUCAAUUCUUGCUAAAGAGAAGACAUUAUAUGUGAAUCAACUUUUACACUUAAAGAAGAUGAUCCGAUUAUACUUUAUGGAUUUGUGCAUGAUGGAUGUGGAGAUGGACUUUUUUUUUUUGAGGAAGAAGAUUUGUGUUGGCCCUUGUGAUCAACCAAGUGUCAUUGAUGAGAUGAGAUUUAGCAAGAACCAUGGCGUAUUGUUUACAACGAAAUGGUUAAUAAAGUGA